GUAUUUAUAAAUGCUGGAUAUUCAAGCAAAAACAAAUAAAGAAAUUUGGUAAGCCAAAAAAUUAUUGUACGAAAGUGAUGGAAAUACAAAGAAGAGUUUGAUCAUUAAUUUAAUUGCUUUAGUAAAAUAAAACACCAAAAUCUUAGGGAUUAUUACUCAUAUUACUAUUCCAUAGCAUUAUUGGAUCUGAUGAUAAAUGGACUUGUGAAAUUGAAUCUGCAAAUAAUAGUAAGAAAUAAUCAUAUAUUAAUUAAAGGGGGAAAUUAUAUUUGCGUUGAAAUGAGAAGAACAAUGAAUUGUAAAACUAUCAGUGGUCCAAUCAAGUCAGAAAUAUUUUUAAAAGUCAAAACAGACCUUCAGGCUAGUGCGAUUGUAUAAGAUUUAAAUUAGAUUAAAGAUUGAAUGUCCUUGGGAAAUAGCCAUUUCAGAAAUAAGAUUAUGUUUUAUAUUACUUUCUAUAUCAAGUGUGCUUAUUGGAAUUUAUGCAUUACGAAAAUCAAAUAAAAAGUAUGGAGAACUUAGUUUUUAAAUAGGAAUUGCAUUUUCUAUUUUGUUGGUAUAAAGUUAAUUUUAUAUUUAAGUUGAUAUCUGCUUACUUUGAUUAUGUUUCUAUAAAAACUUCAUAAAUAAAUAAUUACAAUUUAUGUAAUUUAUAAGAGGAAUUUUAGAUUGAGGAUAAAAUGAAAGUAAUUCUAUAUUUAAACUGUAGGGAUAAAUGGAAUGCUCAUUUUCAUUCUAUAAUUUUACAGUCAUACUUGAAGUUGCAUGUUCAAUUGUUUUAAUUGUGAACUCAAUAUUUAUAAAUUAAUGGAGAUAUAAUCAAAUAACAGAACUUAAUGAUUAAUUGUGA